GAACGGCCGUGGAAGCAAAUAUAACUAAAUUAGUUUCACCGAUCGUUUACCGUCGAAGGGAUUUGAGUGGUUUCGAGUGAGCGAGUGCGUUGGGAAAGGACGCUACCAGCGUCUGAUGUUGGACAGGGCGUACCCAACUAAACUAAAGUGUACUGGAGAGAGUUGCAUAUCUGGGCUACCAUCUGCUCAGCUGCCGGCCUCAAAAUGCCUUCGGUCAUGGCGGAUCUUAUGACACUCAUCCAACACGAAAUUCCUGAUGGACGGCAAAACAUCCACGACAGCCACACCAAUCUUGAAAAGGUUGCGGAGUACUGCGAGGCCAACUACUUUCAGUCUGAGAACAAGCAUGCAGCGCUGGAGGAGACCAAGAAGUUUGCGACACAGUCUCUGGCCAGCGUUGCUUACCAGAUCAACACGCUCGCGUACAAUCUGUUGCACUUAUUGGACCUACAGACAGCCCAGCUGUCGGAAAUGGAAUCACACAUCAACCACAUAGGUCAGACAGUAAUGAUUCACAAGGAGAAAGUGGCCCGGCGUGAGAUCGGCGUGCUGACAGCCAACAAGAGCACACUUCGCCAGCACAAGAUCUUGGCCCCUGCCAGCCAAGAGCGCCCCGUCAAGUACAUUCGUCGCCCCAUCGACUACACGGUGCUGGAUGAAGUGGGACACGGGCUGCGCACGUCUUCAGCAGGCAACGGCGGUGCCAACAAAGCUCGCCGCAUCCCAUCUUCUCAGGCACUGAUGAAUGCCGGACCGGCACCAACAACCAAGCCGCCGACACCACCACAAGCAAACCGAGGGGUCACCAUGGGGUCCCUGACACGUGGCUCUCGAGAGUACCGCACUCCCGCACCCCCGAUCGCCCCACCUCAGGUGCCUAGCAACUACGCUGCCAACUAUCCCCUCGGCCACCCUCGCAGAGGGAGUGGCUACUCCACACUGCCAGCACACGGCCACCAUGGGUCAAGCCACCAGAGUGCAUUGCCACCAUCCCAGAUGACACCUCCUCCUGCUUUGGCCAGUCAACCUCAAGUGGGCAUGGUGCAUCCCAUGAGUCAGCAUACCAUGGGCCAUCACCACCACUCCAUGCCACACCAUACUGUAAACCACCCGGGUCACAUGGGGCAGCAGCAACAGCAGCAGGGAGUCAUUCAGAACCCACCGAUGCAAGCUGGCAUUUCCCAGAAUUCAAUGGUGGUCAUACCUCCAGGGAGUGUCGUUCACCCAAUGUCCCAGAAUCCCGCUGCUCCGGGCGCAAUGUCGAUGGGUGCCAUGGGCCACCAAAUGGCCAAGGUGCCCACAUCCAUGGUUCCAACUUCGAUGGUGCAGAGUCAGCACUAUGGCACCAUGGUCUCUGCUCACCAGCCACCGCCACCAAGUGAUCCUAUGACCUCGAGCCUCACGGAUCGGCUCCCCGAGCCGCCACCGCCUCACAUAAUGAGUGGAGGCAUUGUGCCCACGUCAGAGUACGAACGUCAUGGGAACGUGUCACCUCCGCUCCCCCCUCCACCACCUCCCGAGCCCCUGUACCCCGGUAAUUACGUUCAGCUUUCCCCACCAGCCUACGGGCACCAGCGGCCGGACGCCCAGCGGGACAGUGUGCCCAAGACCUACCUGGAGAAAGUGGUUGCUAUAUACGACUACGAAGCUGACAAGGACGACGAGCUUUCCUUUUCCGAGAACUCUGUAAUCUACGUUAUCAAGAAGAAUGACGACGGCUGGUACGAAGGCGUCAUGAAUGGUGUGACAGGCCUGUUUCCAGGAAACUAUGUGGAACCUUGCAUGUGAACAAGUGCAGCGGGGCAUUGUGUCACACGAAUUUGCCUACUUCGUGUGCUGGCUCGGAAAGCUGCUUGCAACAGCUUGUUUUUGCACCUCAGGGUGAAAUUGAUUUUCGCUGUGCCGUAUUUAGUCUCGAGAAAUGCUUCCAUUUUUUUGUUAACUGGCCUACUGUAACAUUUUGUACUUGGUCGCUUCAUUGGUACGAAGAAAAGACACAAGAGGAAGUUAGAAGUGGAAUAGCACAAGCCUUUCUUGCCUGAAUAGGAAUGACUGAUAAUUUAUGGUGAACAAACAUGUGUAAUGAAUUUUAUGUAUAUACUAAGUUAUCAGUGACAAGUUACCUACUGCAAUGAAUUACUCUUAUUUUUCCUUUGUUGUUUGGAGAGCACUAUCCCCAUAAAGCGUUUUGUCGAUUAACCUGGAUGCAUGGUGGUAAUUGACAUCAUUUUUGUUAGCUCCCCCUGUGGUUAGUGCUAAUGAAAUCACAAAUGAGCAGUUCAUAGAAAUGAACACUAAUGAACUGUUCGGAGUGCCAAGUUGUGACUAUCUCUUUGUUUUUACAAAGUAGCCAAAUGGAACGUAUUUGUUUACUGUAUCGCACAUUUUGUGCAGUUUUUGGUGCAUUGCUUUUGCAGAGAAUGCAAUAUGUACUGCAAGGUUACGUGGGCUUUGGCCGUUUUUACUAAGUGUGAACUGCAGUUGCAAGCCUGCAUUUACUAACUAGGCUGUAACUCACUGCACAGGUCUUAAAUAGCGUUAUCAGCAUUCCAUUUUUGUCUUCUGCCCGUUUUGAAAAAAGAAAUUAGUAUAGCUUUUUAUGAGUACGCUUUGCCCAUUGCCACUUUGUUUUUAAGCAAGAAAUCAAAUUUGUAAUCCACCUAUACCUUCUGCGAGUGUUGGGAACAAAUGAAUUGUGUGAGUAAAGAAGGGAGGAUGGGGUUGCAAGAGUCUGGCUUGUACAGCCAGCUAUUUAUUGCACUUGCUUAACCCGAUGCAAAUGUAGUGUUCUAUUUCUCUGUUAUUACAAUAAACUCGUUUUUUUGUAAAA